AUGGCAGGUGAACGAUGGAACAACGACAUCGCGUACGCGAUGACUCCCUUCAAAUUGCUAAUGUGGCCUAUGGGUGGUUGGCCGCUUCAAGUUUAUAACGUUUAUUCGCUGAUGCGAUGUGUGACGGUUACUUUCGGUAUGAGUAUAGUAGUGAUCCUGCCGUUCAUCGAGAUAUACUUAGGCUGCACCGACGCGGGGCAAAACGUUGACGCACUCAUGAUAAUCUUUUGCGGAUCGCUCGCUAUGGCGAAGAUGAUAUGGUUCCGCAUUUACGCGAGCAACUUGAUCAAGACAUACAAAUACGCUGUGGACGACUACUUGACGGUCGAAAACGCAGAGCAGCGUGCCAUUAUGCUGAGACACGCUUUUAUAGCAAGAACCCUCAUGUGUACCAUGGUGGCCAUCGCUUAUUUCGACUCGUUCGUUUAUUCGUUAAUGCCCAUUCUGAAUACGCUCAGCAAGAAUCAAACCAACGUAACGCAGGAGGAUGUCGUGCUCGAAUAUACAUUACCGUCCAGAUGCGCUUUGGAAUAUCUGAAUGCGCCGAGAAACAUGUACAUUACAAACUGCAUCAUGGAACUAAUUAUGAUGUUACUUGUGUGUACUAGCAACUACGGUAACGACUCUUUGUUUCUUCACAUCGCGCUGCAUAUUUGCGGCCAGGUGAAAAUUCUAAAAUCCAAGUUUAUUAAUUUUGAGCUGACAGAGCCACAAAUCCAGAAUCGUUUCAAUGCGCUAAUUCAACGACAUAGUCAUUUGGUGGAGAUGACCAAGAUACUUACUGAUGCGAUAAGUUUCAUUUUGUUGAUGCAAUUAUUUCUUAGUAGCUUACUAUUGUGUAUACUAGGUUUUCAAUUUAUUUUGGCAUUAAAAAAUAACGACGGCGUUAUGAUGGUGAGAAGCUUUAUGGUUCUUAAUGCCUUUCUGGCACAAAUUACGACGUACUGUGUUGUCGGGGAUUAUUUGAAGUCCCAAAUGGAAGAAGUGGGUGUUUACAUUUAUCAAAGUACUUGGUACAAGUUUCCUGCAAAGCUGACGAAAAAUUUGACUUUUCUCAUUAUGCGAUCUCAGUCUCCCGUCCAGUUGCAAGCGGGAAAUUUCAUCGUAAGCAUAAUAGUGAUCUUGCCGUCCAUCGAGCUUUACUUGGGUUGCGCUGACGCGGAUAGAAACGUUGACGCUCUCAUGUUGGCUGUUUGCGGAAUAAUCGCUAUGACAAAGAUGAUAUGGUUUCGCAUUUACGCGAGCAACUUAACCAAGACUUACAAAUUCGCCGUGAACGAUUACCUAAUGAUCGAAGACGCGGAGCAACGCGCCAUUAUGCUAAGGCACUCUAGUAUUUCAAAGAUUCUCAUGUGUAGCAUGGUGUCCCUAGCUUACUUUGACUCUUUCAUAUUGUCGUUAGUCCCCAUUCUGGGUAGCAGCGGCAAGGCAGCACAGAAAAUCAACGAAACGCAGGAGGACAUUUUGUUGGAGUAUACAGUACCGUCCAGAUGCGCUUUGGAAUAUUUGAAUGCGCCGAGAAGCAUGCAUACUACGCACUGCAUCGUCGAACUAAUCAUGCUGUUACUCGUGUGCACCAGCAAUUUCGGUAACGACUCUUUGUUUCUUCACAUCGCGCUGCAUAUUUGCGGCCAGGUGAAAAUUCUAAAGUCCAAGUUUAUCAAUUUUGACCUCACGAGGCCACAAAUCUACGAUCGUUACCAUGCGCUAAUCCAGAGACACGGUCAUUUAAUGGAGAUGACUAAGAUACUUGCCAAUGCAGUCAGCUUCGUUUUGCUGAUGCAAUUAUUUCUUAGUAGUAUAUUAUUGUGUAUACAAGGUUUUCAACUUAUCUUGGCGUUAAAAGUUAACGACACUAUUAUGAUGGUGAAAAGCUUUAUGAUACUUAACUGUUUUCUGACACAAAUUACGAUAUACUGUGUUAUUGGGGAUUAUUUAAAAACUCAAAUGGAGGAAGUGGGUUUUUUUAUCUUUCAAAGCGCUUGGUACAAUCUUCCUGCGAAGCUGAUGAAAAAUUUGUCUUUCAUCAUUAUGCGAUCUCAAUAUCCUGUCCAGUUACAAGCGGGAAAUUUCAUCGUGAUAAACCUCGAAACAUACAUGAGUAUUCUAAAGACCUCUAUUUCGUAUUUGUCAGUACUUCGAGUAAUGAUAGAAACAUAA